AUGCCACACGCCAGCCAGAACCCCACUAACCAUGGCCACCCAGGGGGUUCCCACCCUUCACCCCACUGGACACUGGCCCCUGGGCUGAGCCCACAGGAGGCAGCGCUCGGGGACCCGGAGCCAGUCUCCGAGGUGGUGAGUGUCCGCCAAGCUGCACCGCCACGGGUAGGGGUGGGCAGCGAGGAUGGUCCCGGGGCCCUGGGGACCCAGAAGUGGGGUGUGUGGCAGGCAGUAAGUGGGAGAAGCAGCAGUUCCGACCCCGAGCUCCUGGUGGGGCCGAGUCCCAAGGCCCUGCUGCAGAGGCUGGGGGAGAGGUCUGCCGGCCCUUGUGGGUGCCGGGAGGAUGGACAUAAUCCGACAGGGCCUCCGGUGUUGGAUUCGAGUGGUCAGCUCCGCCCAGCUGUUCAUGAGCAACUUCCCGCACUUCUGGAAAGCCCGCCCCACCCCCAGAUUCUGACGCAGCCCCAGCGUGCGGGGGGCCCAAAGCCUGCUGUGGCUGGUCCCGGGGGCCGUGGGCCACCUCUCAGGCUGGCCGCGGGUCCUCAGCCCCCGGGGGAGGGAGAGGCCAUUCUCUCGGCGGCUGCACCAGGGGGUGAGGGCCUGCCUGCCGUCACCCUGAGCAGCCUCGGGGCCGCCCCGUCUGUGGCCGUGCGCCUCCCGCCUCCCCUCCUCCAGGGCCUGCACUCUGUCAGCCUCACCUGGCUCCAGGGCCAGGACGCUGACUGUGGACUCAGCCGGGGUUGGGGUCGGCCCAGCCGCCACGUGCUCCCACGCACAGUCACUCCCUCCCGGGCCACGCACACGUGGACACACACCGGCCUCAGGAGGAAGCAGCAGGCCGGAGGCCGGGGUCCGCCCCGGAAAGGCAGGAAGGACCCUCCUCAGUUCCGGGAUGCCCUCCAGGCUCCUGGGCCUCCGGAGCAGCAGAGAGGAGCCAGCCUCCGCCCUCCUGCCGCCUCUCCCCCGCCGCCCCUGCCAACACACCUUUGCCACCACCACUUGCUCCACUUGCCCCAUUGCUCCAGGCAACGUUCAGACCAGCAACAGCCCCGCCCCCACCCUCACCCGCCAGCAGCAGCACCUGCACCCAUGCACCCCCAUGCCAUCAGCACCGUGGCCUCAGCUCGGUCACCAGCACCCACAGCAGCGGCCUCGCCACCCCCUGACCAGCAGAGCCGUCACCCCGGUGGCCGGCGGCCACCUCCGUGUCACCACUAG